UCAAUGAAAAACCCUGUCCUUAACCCCUGCGCCAUUAUCUGACGCAAGUUGUUUUACAGUUUUUCUUAAAUAAUUACAACAAAUAGUGCAGUGCAACUGAACGGAAAUGAGUCGUUUCUUCGCUGGCACCGAGUCCGAUUCGGACAGUUCCUCUGAGGAGGAGCAAAUUCAACGCCCCCAGGCGCCCGUCUACACGUUCAGUGAUGACGAAGAGGAGGUGAAACGCGUAGUGCGUUCCGCCAAAGAAAAGCGCUAUGAGGAGUUGAUGAACAUUAUAAAGCAAAUCAGGAAUUUUAAGAAAAUCAAGGACAUGUCCAGCAUGCUCACUAGUUUCGAGGAGUUGCAGAAGGCCUACGUGAAAGCCGCCCCCGUUAUAAUGAAGGAGGAGAACGGGCAGACGCCCCGGUUCUUCCUGCGCUGCCUGGCCGAGAUGGAGGACUUCAUUAACGAGAUGUGGGAGGACCGUGAGGGCAGGAAAAACAUGAGCAAAAACAACAGUAAGUCGUUGGCGUCGAUGCGUCAGAAGCUCCGUAAAUACCUGAAGGAUUUCGAGGAGGAUGUGGCCAAGUUCCGUGAGAACCCAGACCAGCCUGAUGAUGAGGAAGAGGAGGAGAAACACGAAGCUGACCAAGAUAGCGACAACGAGGUGCCGGUGAAGUCCAUUAAGUCGCAGAUGAUGAAGGCUCCCGCUAAACCACAAGCCCCCGCCGAUGACAAGGACGAAUCGUCCGAUUCGGACGACUGGCCCUCUGACUCAGACUCAGACUCUGAUAGUUCCGAUGACGAUGCCACCGCCUAUGCCACCAUGAGAGAAAAGUUCUUGAAGAGACCAGGUCAAGGACAGGAGGAGGACGAGGAAAAAGAACGCAGAAAGGAGGAACGUAGAAAGGAACGUAAGGAGAAAGAAAGGCGUAAGCUGAAGCGGGAUGAAGAAGAGGAUGGUGAAGGUGAAUGGGAAACCGUAAAAGGAGGAAUUGCCAUCCCUAGUGAGAAGCCUAAGAUGUUCGCAAAGGACGCCCAAAUUGAUCUGAACUUGGUGAUCAAAAAGUUGAGUGAAAUUAUGGCGGCGAGAGGAAAGAAACGUACGGAUCGUCGUGAACAAAUCGAAUUGUUGCACGAGUUGCAGGCUGUGGCUGAACAACAUCAGCUUGGGCCAGCCAUUUUUGUGAAAAUUAAAACUGCUAUUAUAUCAGCAAUUUUCGACUACAAUCCGAAAGUUAGCGACGCCAUGAAGGUGGAAUUUUGGGUCAAACUGUUGGAACGGAUGUCUGAAAUGCUGGACGCUUUGCUGGGGAAUCCCCAACUGUUGGUGGCUGACUCUGUGACUGAGGAAUCUGAGAAUUUGGAGAGUGCACCUUAUAAAAUACGUGGAUGCGUCCUUACUUCGGUUGAACGAUUGGAUGAUGAAUUCACCAAGUUGCUGAAGGAGUGUGACCCCCACAGCAACGAGUACGUAGAACGUCUCAAGGACGAAAUCAAAGUAUCCCAAAUCAUCGACAAAACGAUGAAGUACUUGGAACGCACCAACGUACCCUCCGAAUUGUGUCGCAUUUACCUGCGUAAAAUUGAACACCUGUACUACAAGUUCGACCCCCGAGUCCUGCAGCAAAAGGCCAAGGAGAUCCCCAAAGACAUCCCCACUUCAGUCCAAGAGAUGGAGAAGCUGUGCAAGUUUAUCUACGCCAAGGACGGCACCGACCGUCUGCGCACGCGCGCCAUCCUCUCCCACAUUUACCACCACGCCCUGCACGACAACUGGUUCCAGGCCCGCGACCUGGUGCUCAUGUCCCACCUGCAGGAGAGCAUCCAACAUUCCGACCCCAGCACCCAAAUCCUCUACAACAGGACGAUGGCCCAUCUGGGUCUGUGUGCCUUUAGGCACGCCAACAUCAAGGACGCCCACAACUGCCUCGUCGACCUGAUGAUGACGGGCAAGCCGAAGGAGCUGUUGGCGCAGGGCCUGUUACCUCAGCGUCAGCACGAACGCAGCAAGGAGCAGGAGAAGAUCGAGAAGCAACGUCAGAUGCCCUUCCACAUGCACAUCAACUUGGAGCUCUUGGAGUGCGUCUAUCUGGUCUCAGCGAUGCUCAUCGAAAUACCGUACAUGGCGGCCCACGAGUUCGACGCCCGCAGACGCAUGAUCUCCAAGACGUUCUACCAACAGUUGCGCAGCUCCGAACGACAGAAUUUGGUCGGUCCGCCGGAGAGUAUGAGGGAGCACGUGGUGGCGGCCGCCAAGGCCAUGAGGAACGGCAACUGGUCGGCGUGCAACGCCUUCAUCAUUAACGAGAAGAUGAACGCCAAAGUUUGGGAUCUGUUCUAUCAGGCCGACAAUGUCAGACAGAUGCUGACGAAGUUGAUCAAAGAGGAGUCGUUGAGGACGUACCUCUUCACGUACUCGCACGUGUACGAUUCGAUUUCGAUGCAGGCUCUUGCUGACAUGUUUGAACUUGAGAAGCCAGUCGUCCAUUCGAUUAUCUCGAAGAUGAUCAUCAAUGAGGAACUGAUGGCUUCUCUGGACGAUCCAACACAAACAGUAGUGAUGCACAGGUCUGAACCUUCAAGGCUUCAGUCCUUGGCACUCCAAUUAGCGGACAAAAUCAACAACUUCGUAGACUCAAACGAACGUAUUUUGGAGACGAAGCAGGGCAACUUCUUCUUAAGAGGAGGCCCAAACCAGGUAAAAGGCAAUUUCAGAGGCGACAGACAAAACUACAGAGGAGGCAACCAGGAGAAUUGGAACAGGCAAAGGAGGGAUCGCAAAGAAUACGCAAAUUAAUUUGAUUAAUAUAAUUUUGUAUUUGUAUUGUCGUCUUAUCGGUUUAGCCCUGUACAGCCCCCCUGUUUUGAGUAUUUGCGACCUUCGGGUCGGUUUUUACUGUUUUUCUAUCACAUCAAUAAAAAGCAGUUACUAAUA